GGCCGGCGGCGGCGGCGCCCAUGGACGCUAACCGCCCGGGCGCGUUCGUGCUGAGCAGCGCGCCGCUGGCCGCGCUGCACAACAUGGCCGAGAUGAAGACGUCGCUGUUCCCGUACGCGUUGCAGGGCCCGGCCGGCUUCAAGGCGCCCGCGCUGGGCGGCCUGGGCGCGCAGCUGCCGCUCGGCACCCCUCAUGGCAUCAGCGACAUCCUGGGGCGGCCGGUGGGCGCGGCGGGCGGCGGCCUCCUGGGCGGCCUGCCCCGUCUCAACGGGCUCGCCUCGUCGGCCGGCGUCUACUUCGGGCCUGCGGCCGUGGCGCGCGGCUAUCCCAAGCCGCUGGCCGAGCUGCCCGGGCGCCCGCCCAUCUUCUGGCCCGGCGUGGUGCAGGGCUCGCCCUGGAGGGACCCGCGCCUGGCCGGCCCGGCCCAGGCCGGCGGGGUCCUGGACAAGGACGGCAAGAAGAAGCACUCACGGCCGACCUUCUCCGGCCAGCAGAUUUUCGCGCUGGAGAAGACCUUCGAACAGACCAAGUACCUGGCCGGCCCUGAGCGCGCGCGCCUCGCCUACUCCCUGGGCAUGACCGAGAGCCAGGUCAAGGUGUGGUUCCAGAACCGCCGGACCAAGUGGCGCAAGCGGCACGCGGCUGAGAUGGCGUCGGCCAAGAAGAAGCAGGACUCCGACGCCGAGAAGCUGAAGGUGGGCGGCUCGGACGCGGAGGACGACGACGAGUACAACCGGCCUCUGGACCCCAACUCGGACGACGAGAAGAUCACGCGGCUGCUCAAGAAGCACAAACCCGCGAACUUGGCGCUGGUCAGCCCGUGCGGCGGCGGCGCGGGGGACGCCUUGUGAGCACGCGCGCGGCCGGAGCAACCAGGGUCGGGGCGGGCCGGCGCCCCUCGCCGCCGCCCGCCCGUGUGUAUAUAUAUUUUUACAGGAUAAGUUAUAAAGCGGCCGGCGCGGGCUCGGGAGGGCGCGGGGCCGCGCGUCCCGGGCGGAAUCACUUUGUAUAAUCAAUAAAUUAUUUAACACGUCCCCGGCGGAGCCGCGGCUCCGGAGGCUGCACCGCGUGUGUCUUCCUUCUCGAAACCCCCCGCCCCGCGUCCCCCCCUCCCGCGGGUCCCUGCCACCCCAGUCUUUGUCCCCGCGGGGCCGGGCCGGCAGCGAGGCGCGCGGUGCGACCCCGGCCCGCGUGUCCCCAGGCCCGGGCGGCGGCGCUCGCAGGAGCGAGGGGACAUCGAGGGCCCGGCGCGGGGAAAGGCGACCCUGGCCCCGAGACCCCCUCGGCCGCCCCGGGAGCGCCGGAGGAGCCGCGAAGCCAGAGAGCGCCCAGCGGAGCCGGACGGGGCCGCGGACGGAAACGCAGCGGGCGCGGGGCGCGGCGCCGGCAGGUGCGCGCGCGGCGACAGGUGCGGCGCCCCCUCCCACCCGCGCCCUGCCGGGGGCUGCAGG